CUUCACACUCAUUCAACUCACUCGGCUCGACAAAGCGCUUGUCAACCAUGCUCCCUCACCUCACCAGCGGAUCACCCGCCUACCAGAGGGCCCAUCAGCACUACAGCGCAUCGUGUCCACUCGAUUGUCCCGCCAGGAGGAACCCCCAUCAGUCAUUGCAUUACCCUUCACACAACUCUACGCGGUACACCUCAGCAGCACGACAUCCUCACCUCGAUCCCUCAGUUCUACAUCCAGCAUUUUCGGGCUUGUUCUUUCAGCAGCGAAGAAGUCAUGUCACUCAGUCCUUUCCGCAGGGGCUACCGGUACCACCUUUAGCACUAGCCAAUGUCCCGAUCUCUUCACCAUUGCCAUCGUCAUCGUCAUCACCAUCACCAUUACAGCCGCAGUCUUUGACACUGCAAAGGAAUACUUUUGCGACAGCAGCAGAGCCGGUGCUAAUGGAUCCCGCAAGAGUAUCGCCCAUCUUUUUCGGAUAUUCACCAAAUCCGGACAAAGCCAAGAUGUGAGCGGACUCAAAAAAAAAAAGACUCGAGCGAAAGAGUACCAUUGCCAUGCUUGUACAAUUCAUCAUGCCCCGACCUUACCCAAUGUCAUAACUAUUGCAACAAUAUAAGCACAUGUUUCAAACUUC